AUGGAUGCAUUGUCAACAAAUGAUAGGAAGCCUCAUGUCAUCUUUAUACCAUUUCCUGGACAAAGCCACAUAAAGGCCAUGCUCAAACUAGCUGAGCUUCUUCACCACAAGGGGCUCCAGAUAACCUUCGUAAACACAGACUUCGUCCACAAGCGUUUUCUUGAAUCUGGAGGGCCACACUGCCUCGAUGCCUCACCUGCUGAUUUCCGAUUUGAAACCAUUCCUGAUGGCAUUUCUCGUGGCUCCCUGGAUGAUAUGGCCACUUCUAGACAAAAACUCAUUCAUUCCAUUGAAAACUUCUUGAGUACUCCUUUUCUUGAUCUUAUAACCAAGCUUCCGAUUCCUCCUACUUGUAUCAUCUCUGAUGGAUUCAUGUCGGUUUUCACCAUUGAUGUUGCACAAAAGCUCGGGAUCCCCAUCAUGCUCUACUGGACGCUUGCUGCUUGCGGCUUUAUGGGCUUUUACCAGACCAUGUUGCUCAUGGAGAAAGGGCUCGUACCACUUAAAGAUGAAAGUUACUUAACAAAUGGGUAUUUAGACACCAUUAUUGAUUGGAUUCCCGGAAUGGAAGGAAUCCGUAUAAAGGAUUUCCCAAGCAUGGUUCGGACAACUGAUCCCAACGACCAACUUCUUACCUUCACUACCGAAUCUACAAGAAGGUCUCACGAAGUUUCGCAUCAGAUUUUCCACACGUUCGACGAGUUAGAGACAAGCAUUGUCAAAGCUUUAUCGGCAAUGUAUUCUCAUGUUUAUACCAUUGGCCCACUGCAACUACUUCUUGAUCGGAUACCCGAAAAUGAAAAGCACACUCAAGUGUCGAAUUUCAAUGGAUACAGCUUAACGAAAGAAGAACCAGAGUGUUUCCAAUGGCUCCAGUCUAAGGAACCAAAUUCUGUCAUUUAUGUGAAUUUUGGAAGUUCAACAGUGAUGUCAUUAGAAGACUUGAUAGAAUUUGGUUGGGGUCUUGCUGAGAGCAAUUACCCUUUCCUUUGGAUAAUUAGAUCUAAUUUGGUGGUAGGGGAGUCUGCGGCUUUGCCUCCAGAAUUAGAGGAGUAUAUAAAAGAGAAGAAAGGGUUUCUUGCCAGCUGGUGUUCACAGGAAAAGGUCCUGAACCACCCUUCAGUUGGAGGAUUCUUGACUCAUUGUGGGUGGGGUUCGACCAUUGAGAGCUUGUCGGCUGGUGUGCCCAUGAUUUGUUGGCCGUUUUUGGCAGACCAGAUGACUGAUUGUAGGUAUAUAUGCAAGGAAUGGGAGGUUGGAUUAGAGAUGGGGAAUGGUGUGAAAAGGAAGGAAGUUAAGAGGGUUAUACAAGAGUUGAUGGGAGAUGACAGAAUGAGAAACAAGGCCAUGGAGUGGAAGGUGAAGGCACAUAUAGCAACAGGUCCUAAUGGUUCAUCUUCUUUGAAUGUGGACAGUCUGGUUAAGGAAAUCUCCAAGCUAUUAUGAAACUAUAGAUGAAACUCAUCAUUAUAUAUAUGCUUUAAUUCUAUAUAUUUAUGAUUUGAAAUGUAAUUUUGUGC